AAAAUUGUGUAGGCUAUGAAUUUCCUAGCUGCUUCAUUCUCAUGCUCCAUAUGGACAUCCGAAGCUUGCACUGAUUGCAAUGCCGUUCUUAAAGGUCUACAGCCCAUUUUUCAACAGCAGAGAAUGACGGAAACAAUUCACAGCUGGGAAGAUCAUGGUUACCUAGCAACUUACACCAACAAAAAUGGCAGUUUUGCCACUCUGAGAAUUUACCCUCAUGGAUUAGUGUCAGUGGAUCUGCAGAGCUACAACGAUGAUAUGAAAGGAAGAGACAAAAUUGAUCAUAUACUGAACAAAAUAGAAGAAAGAAUGAAAGAGUUGUUUCAGGGCAGCAUCAAAAGGGUGAAGCGAUUGCCAGCCAUUGUGAGAGGAGAUGCCAUUGAUAGAUACUGGCCCACAGCUGAUGGACGUCUGGUGGAAUAUGACAUAGAUGAAGUUGUUUAUGAUGAAGAUUCAUCAUUUCAGAAUAUCAAAAUUCUUCAUUCAAAACAGUUUGGGAAUAUUCUUAUCCUCAGUGGAGAUGUUAAUCUGGCAGAAAGUGACCUGGCAUAUACAAAAGCCAUUAUGGGCAGUGGGAAGGAAGACUACACUGGGAAAGAAGUGCUGAUCCUUGGAGGUGGUGAUGGGGGUAUACUUUAUGAAAUAGUCAAACUGAAGCCAAAGAUGGUCACUAUGGUAGAGAUUGACCAAUUGGUGAUCGACGGGUGUAGAAAAUACAUGCGUAAAACAUGUGGAGAUGUCUUAGACAAUCUUAAAGGAGAGUGCUAUCAGGUUCUAAUAGAAGAUUGUAUUCCAGUGCUGAAGAGGUAUGCCAAAGAAGGAAGGAAGUUUGAUUAUGUAAUUAAUGAUCUGACAGCUGUUCCAAUCUCCACAUCUCCAGAAGAAGAUUCUACUUGGGAGUUUCUGCGCUUGAUUCUUGACCUUUCCAUGAAAGUCCUGAAACAAGAUGGAAAAUAUUUCACACAGGGGAACUGCAUCAAUCUAACUGAAGCCUUGACCCUCUAUGAAGAACAACUUGGCAAGCUUUAUUGUCCUGUGGAGUUCUCAAAGGAGGUUGUGUGUGUUCCCUCAUACAUGGAGUUAUGGGUGUUCUAUACCGUUUGGAAGAAGAGAACUGAAAUUUGAAGCUCAAGAUUUCCUAAGUGUACAUGCUGCAUGGAGCAUAUAGGCUUGCCAUGUGUUGCAUAUUGGCAUCUUGAACCUUUAAAUUAUAUGCUGUAGAUGAUUCUGAAACUUAGUCAUGCUAUUGAUUGUGAAUUCUUUAAAUGUUUUUUAUUAUUAUUUUAAUUUAAAAGCAAAUGGAAAAUGUAUAUUUUGAUGAGCUAGGGUGUUAUUUUUGAAAGUCAACUUAAAGAUGAGUUAGCAGCAAGUCUAUAGCUGCUGAAUGCACUGAACCUUUAGAAUGUGAUCCUUUUUAUUUUUUGUAGAUCUUCACAAACUGAUUAAAAACAACAUCUUUAGCAUUUCAUCCCUGAGGGUGGUCCAUGUAGUUUUUGUUUGGUUUUAUCUUUUUCCCCUCCAGAUACUUACUUAGAAGCUACAAUGCUUUUAUUGGAGAGAGGGUUGCUGGUUAUGUUUUUGUUUUUUAAGUGAACAUCACAGUGCUUCCAAUACAGUAAUUCUGAAGGGCUUAGAUCAAAAUACCCUGUGUCCUUGGUUAUAAAGGGAAGGAAUGAAGUUUAGGUUUGUUUGUUUGCUCCUGCUGUAGUCCUUCCAGCAGCGGAUUUGACCUGUUGCCACUUGAAAUUAUUUAGCUGCUGUCACAUUUAUUACUUGGAUUUUAAUGUAGGUUAACAAUAGGUUAUAGAAGCACUUUCAGCACCAUCGAUUUUGAAAAUUAAAGCAGGUUUUCAUUCUUGCCUUUAUGUGAGAAGUGUAAUGAGGGCUUUCCUUAGAAAGACUUUGUAUAUAGUUAUGGGCUAAUACUGUGUUAAUAAAGACUGGAAAAAUUAUUUAGAUCAUUGUGUACACACACACACACACACACACACACACACACACACACACACACACACAUUUCAAUUCCUUGCAGAGGAAUUGUGUGUGUACAAUAUAGGUGCACCAUUUAUAUAGGUAUACAAUGAUUUAAAUAAUGUUCUGUCUUGUUUUCCCUUUUGAAAACGAGACAGAACAUUAUUUAGAUCAUUGUAUACCUAUAUAGAUGGUGCCCCUAUAUUGUGUGUGAACACACAUACACACACGUAUAGUACAAUGCACAUAUAUAUAUUUGUGCAUGUUUAGAAGCAAAUAUGUUUACUUCCCUACGAUGAGCUCUGAUCAAAUGGCUGCAUUAGUUCCCAUUGACUCUAAUUCAGAAUUAGGACUGUACGUUGUAUCUACCUGCAAGUCAGAAUUCCAGCGGGAAGCAAGAUCUCAUUGCUUUUGUUUUGUUUAGAAAUGUAAACAUUUCUUCCUUCAGCUGUUUUCAUGUUGUCAGAAAAUUUAUUUUUGUAAAAACUUGCUAUUUACCAACUUCAUAACAUUGAUCCUAGUUGAUCUUUAAAAAGAGCCCAAUACAUAGGAGGUAAGAAGAAUAACUCUUCUGUACAUUUCCAAGAGAGAGAAUAAAAAAAUGCACUAUCCUUCCCUGAAUAUUUCACGCUUUGGACCAAAAUUAUAUUUUUAUUUUUUUUAAACCGUUUUAUCUCCAUGUCCUGUAUUUUGAGACAGUGGUGGGCUUUCCUUAUAUUAAUAACAAGAUUGUCCAAAAAAAUCAGGUUUCAGAUUCUUACCCUUAAAUAAAUGAGAAAUAUUUUUAUUAAGUCAUCUCUCAGACCCAAACAGAAUUCCAAAAUGGUGUUAGAUGUUACUUGCAAAGUUUUACUUGCAAAAAAUCUGCUUUUCUCUUUUACUUGGUGCAUAAUUAUUUUUGUAAUUAUGAUUACAUUGCUAGAGACUACUUUUAAUUUGGAGACCUAAAUGGAAUAUUCCCCCUUUUUAAUUUAACUGUUUCAAAUAAUUGCAGUCAAUAUAUUUAUUUUAUAUAUACCUGGAACAAAAUUAAUCCAUGACUAAGAGCCUGUGCAACCCUGACUUCUUUAAAAAAUAGAGCAACUGUAACUCAGUGAUGAAGUCAGUCCAGUCAAACGGAGCACAAGCCAAGGCUCUGAUCCUGCAAAAUGUAUGUCUCCUUAACUUUACAUGCAUGAAUAGUCCCAUUGAUUUAAUUGUGAUUACUCAUGGAAAUACUGUUAAGCUUGUAUCUGUGCAUGCAUUUGCAAGAUUGGUGCGCAAGGUGGCACAUGGAUAUAUAUUUGGUGCCUGGAUUUGCUGUGACAUUCCAGUCCACAAAAUGGACCAGAAAUUUAACGUAUUUGGUCUACAGCACCAACACUAGUGCUUUACUUUUCACGGAUACACAAGGCUCCAUGGAUGAAAAAUAAGAGCUGUUUGAGGGUGGAGGGAUGUUUGUGAAGUCAGUCCCUGAAAUGUUCAGUGAAUGAGAUCGCUCGUGGGUGGGUGAGUGGUAGGGAAGUAAAAGGGUCAUUUAGAAAGCUGGUCAGUAUGUACAGCUUCCUUCCAGUUUGGGGGGGAGCGGGGGGGUGGGGUUGUUUAUUAAUACAUUUGAUAUAGUGAAGGGGGGGCGGUACCUAUUUUGAUUUGAAACCUUUUAUGUAGUGUCUGUUUAAAAUGAUGUAGUUUAAAAAAAAUUGGCGAACGCUGAACAAGGUAAUUUUUUUUUCUUUUCUACUUGCUGAAUAGAGGAAAUGUGUAAGCACUGUCAUUCUUUUUUUAUUUGUUGCUGUAGUAUAACUUUUUCUUUUUUUAAAACCUCACCAUGUUUAUGUUGUGAGAAUUUCCAGAUGAAACCUGCAGUAGCUGAAUAAAACUUACAUUUAAAGCCAGUUGGGAUACAGACAGGUGCCUCACUGCACAGUAUUCAAAUAGAUUUCUGAGAAAUAGUUGACGUGGGUUUUUCUUAUUCUUUGCACUAACUGCUGCUUCCACCUAAAAAUGUGAUAAAAUACUUAAAAACCUGUUUCAUAGUAAUUUGACUGUGCAGAAAGAAGGCUGCUGGUUAUGUAUCUGCCACACUAAUGCAGUGCACGUAUUAAAUUAAAGGUACGCUCUUAUUUCUUGUGUGAUUCAGUUGUUAAGACAUUUGUGGAUUUGAUAUUAAAACCAUGCAAUGAUUUGAA